GGGCUCGGCUCCUCUUGCUCCGCCUCCUUGUCUCUCUCUUCCGCUAUCCGGUUAUGGAGGUUUGCUACUAGGACGUUUAAACGCAGCUGUGCUCAUAACUAGGACCAUCCUGCACUCAGGAACCAGAAAACCACCUUAUUAUAAACACAUAGUCCAAGAUGCCAGUUGCCGUAGGACCGUAUGGGCAGACCCAGCCCAGCUGUUUUGACCGGGUCAAGAUGGGCUUCAUGAUGGGGUUUGCAGUGGGAAUGGCUGCCGGCGCCAUGUUUGGCACUUUCUCCUGCCUCAGGAUCGGCAUGCGAGGCAGGGAGCUGAUGGGAGGAGUGGGGAAGACCAUGCUGCAGAGUGGAGGGACCUUCGGCACCUUUAUGUCCAUCGGGAUGGGAAUCCGCUGCUGAGGAGGAAGAGGAGCCUCCUCCUCCUCCUCCUCCAAACAACGAUACAGCUAUGGGACUUUACCAAUAACGACCACCACAGCUCUCCGUCAGUGGAGAGAGUAGCAGCAUCCUGCAGACCGGCUAGUUUGUCAAUAAAGGUUCAGAUUUGUCAAAAGGUUUUCAGAGUGGAUGUGUUGCAC